AAAGAGCACAUUUAUUACCCAGUGCAUGCGACAGCCCUGCUCUGGGGCGGAAUCCCUGGUGAACUCGAACCACCCCCCGCUCCCCACUCCGCUUCGCCACCACGGAGAAGAGGUGAUCCGCGCCCUUGGGACAGGAGUGGGUGGCCCAUGCUGACCUCGCUGACCAGACUCUGGGCAUGGGACGGUCAGACGCAGAGAUCCGGGCCGGGCCACUCGCAGGGAAGGUCGCCGGGGGCAGUCCCCCAGGGCUUGUCCGCCUCCCAGGGUCAGUCACCAGGUGACCCCCGGGCUCUGGGAGAGACCUCAGAGGCCAGGGAGGGGAAUGGGCAGAAUACGGAGCCAGCCCCGAGGUCUCGGGUGGCGUCCCCAGGGACUGGGAACCGUGGCAGCUGGAGGCCCUUCCCAACACGCUUUUGGAGGGGCUUUCUCUUCCUCCUCUUCUUCACCGCAGGCUUCCUCCUUACCUUCUUCUACACCCUGGGCUGGGGGCGAGAGACUUGGGGGUGGACCGUCAGGGUCUGGAGGGUGAAUGGGACCGGAGGAGGCCCGGCCAAAGAGUACCUAGGAGGCCCGGCCAUGCCUAAGGAGUACCCGAGACCGGUUAAAACGGACGGGGGCCUGUGGACCAUCAAGCCCCAGGGCCGUCUGGGUAACCAGAUGGGGGAAUAUGCCACCCUGUUCGCCCUGGCCCAGGCUAACGGGCGACCGGCCGCCAUCCUCCCAGCCAUGAAAGACAGCCUGGCCCCGCUCUUCAACAUCACCCUGCCGGUCCUGUCCGAGGAUGAGGCCAGAGCCAUCCCGUGGGAAGACUACUGGAUCCACGACUGGAUGUCGGAGGAAUACCGCCACAUCCCGGGCCGGCACGUGAAGCUGACGGGCUACCCCUGCUCCUGGACCUUCUACCACCACCUGCGGGCUGAGAUCCGCCGCGAGUUCACGCUCCACGAGCCGCUGGUCCGCAAGGCCCAGGCCUCCCUGCGGCAGCUGCGGGAGGAGUGGCGGCGGGCACGGUGCCAGAGCCCCGAGGGCUGCCCGCCCGGGGACCCCACGUUCAUAGGGGUGCACGUGCGCCGCGGGGACUACGUGGAGUUCAUGCCGCAGCACUGGAGGGGCGUGGUGGCCGACCGUGGCUACCUACAGCAGGCCCUGGACCACUUCCGCCGGCGCUACGAGCACCCGCUCUUCGUGGUCACCAGCAACGGUAUGCAGUGGUGCCGGGAUAACAUAAAUGUCUCCCUCGGGGACGUGGUCUUCGCCGGAGACGGGAUAGAAGGCCACCCGGCCAGUGACUUUGCCCUGUUGGUCCAGUGCAAUCACACCGUCAUGACCAUAGGGACCUUUGGGAUCUGGGCCGCCUACCUGACCGGGGGCGAGACCGUCUACCUGGCCAACUACACCUUGCCCGACUCGCCCUUCCUGAAAAUCUUUAAGCCCGAGGCCGCUUUCCUGCCCGAGUGGAUCGGGAUCGCGGCUGACCUGUCGCCUCUGCACAGCCGCUGAAUGGGGUUGGGGGGCUCAGGGCGGGUUCUCGGUCCGGUCGGGACUCUACCAGAGCCCCUCCGCAAGGCCGCCCCCACGUCCCCAGCCCACCCCCCGCCUUCAUCCACGCCGGUUGAUGGCUGCAGAGGAAGGCACCGGCCACAAGAAGUGGCAGGAGAUAGGACCUUCUUCAUUCAACGUCCUUUACGGAAGCAGCACGGCCUGUGGCUAGAGAAUGAACCUGGUAAUCCGAGGACCUGGAUUCUGAUUCUGACUCCACCACUUGCCUGCUGUUCAUUGAUUCAUUCAGUCAUAUUUAU